AGCAGCAGCUCGCGAUCAAUACAGAGAUGCCGUGUGGAACAUGUACAGCUACCCUAUCUGCCUUCGUCGUGCUGGCCGGACGGGAGAUCGAUCGUCCGACAACGACUCGCCGCAUCACGUUCGACCCGCCGCCACUUACUUUUGAUUUACCUUGCUUGCUGCCUUGGGCACCACAUUGACGGCGUCUGGGACCGGGUGUCGCUUGUUCCGCCUGCCUGCAGAGAGAGCAGAGGAAUCCACUCGAAGUGCUUGAAGCGCCAGGUUUCCAUCGACUGGAUUCCGUGUGUGCCACACCGGCCGACCUUCCUCGAAACGGCCAGCACUCAGCCCACUUCUCGUCUUGCGCGCGGCUCGCAGACAGCUGCAGAGGCGUCAGGCCGGCGCACGCGCGCUCUCUUUUUCUCACUCUUGCUCUCGCUCUCUGCAGGCAGGCGCCCGCUCACUCAGCCACUCGACUUCGUGUCUCCCAUCGAGCCAAAGAUUUGCUCGUGAGUGCCCGGGGCCGAUCUUGAGGAGCCGCUCGCGACGGUCUCAGCUCGCAGAUGCACCGCUUCGAGGAGCUCAAGUGCAUCGGGCGCGGCAGCUACGGCUCCGCGCACCUGGUGCGGGAGCGUGCAGGUAUGCAGAGCCGCUACGUGGUCAAGAAGAUCCCGAUGGAGCUGCUCUCGGCCAAGGAGAAGGACCAGUCGUUCCGCGAGGUGGAGCUACUGGCCAAGCUCAAGCACCCCAACGUGGUCGAGUACAAGGAGAACUUCGAGCUGGACAACGUGCUGCACAUUGUCAUGGCCUACUGCGAUGGCGGCGACCUGGCCGGCAAGAUCAAGGAGCAGCAGAAGAUCCGAGAGCAGAUCGUCGGCCCGGAUAGCAACCCGGCGGACCCGAGGGGAUACUUCUCCAUCAGCCAGGUACUGGACUGGUUCGUGCAGAUGGCGAUGGCUAUCAAGUACCUGCACGGCCAGCGCGUGCUGCACCGCGACUUGAAGACCAGCAACGUCUUCUUGACCACAGAAAACGUGGUCAAGCUCGGCGACUUCGGCAUCGCCAAGACGCUGGACUCCACCUUGGACCAGGCCAAGACGGUGGUGGGCACCCCGUACUACAUGAGCCCCGAGGUCUGUGAGAGCAAACCGUACUCGUACGCCAGCGACGUGUGGUCGCUCGGCUGCGUGUUGUACGAGAUGCUCGCACUGCGCCACGCCUUCGACGCGCCGAACAUACUCACGCUCAUUCUGAAGAUUGUGCAGCAAGACUUCGCCCCGGUCCCGCCGCAUUACGACAAGGACGUCUCCAACUUACUGCGUAUGCUGCUGGAUAAGGACCCUGAGGGCAGGCCCAGUAUGGAGGAGAUCUUUGCGAUGCCCUUCAUCCGUCACCACAUGCAGGGACUCAUGGCUUCGGGCGGCUCGCUCAAGGUGAAGGUGAUUAACCCUGUGGCUCGAAGGCCGCAACAUGGCUCCGCUUCUGCGGUCGGUAGGCGACGACUGCACCCAAAAAACGUGUCGGCACGUCGAUCUUCCGGUGAGAAGCGGAAACUGCGACUGUCUGCUCAGUCACCUUCAUCUCAAGCAGCGCCCGUAGCGCCAAUGCAGUGGAUGCCGAUCAGGUCUUUCAAUGAAGAUGAAGACGACGCAGACGUUCGAAAUGAGCUCGAACUGCUCGACGCCAGCAUAGUUGAGGAGUCGCAGUUGAGCUUCCGGCUACCGGAACGAAGCACCACGCCAGAACCCCUCGUGGUUGCUACAGAGGAGAAGCCACACCCACCUCGAGUAGAUAAUCGGGAACGAAUGCUACACAACGAGGAAAUCGGUGAAGAACUGUCGAACACCAUGACCUCACCGAUACGACCAAAGCCUCGCUUGGCUUCGAGAGACAACAAGCCCCUAGCGUGGGGGCGGCGUGAACACAACGGCAAGGCACGUGCAGAUGGUGGUACCCGUUCCAGCGUCAAAGACGACGACGACGACGAUGACGAUGAUUCACGUUUUCAUGCUGAGGCCGAGGAGCUCAUGAACCCGAACUUUCAGAGUGAGUACAGCGAGGAGUGCAUCGACAGCUUGCAGAUUUACUAUGGAUCCAAGGAAGCCCAGGACACCAGCGGUCCAGCUCCCAGUAUUCGUGAUACCUUUCGACUACGAGGUGCUGGGCGACCGAAAACACCACUAAGCACUCCUGAGCCCCGCCAACCGAACCCCUCCGCAGGGACUUCUACAGCCGACUUGCAAGAGAAUGAAGAUGUCCUCGAGCUGUCCACCUUGUCCCUGGAUGAUGCUGGCUCGGAGGCACCGUCGCUCAGCGAAAGCUCAAUGAUGCGUGAGUUGGAGCUGGACGCGGACAGCGAUGACGACGACCCGUCCGCCGACACAUCGUCGAGUGAAUACGAAGCUGAAGAGAACUUUUACAGCGACGACUCGUCCGACUUCUUCGACCAAAGCGGGACGCAGUACAGCGAUGACUUUGAAGACCCCGACGCAGAAAUUAUCGAGUACGACGACGACGAGUUCGUGAGCGAGGAGGAUGAACAGGAAGCCGAUCGCACAAGAUUUGCUAACAGGGAAGAGGAGGAAGGCGCCACCGACUUGGAUGACUUCCGCACUCCACCCCCACUCACUCCUUGCAGACCGCCGGGAGAUGACAAUGGCCGUUUCGCACGGGUACCGAAGCUCGAAGGCCCCGCUGAAGUACAAUGGGUCAUGCGGAACGUAGCGCAGAGCCUGAUGCUGACUAGAGACGACCUGCACCCGCGUCAAGCAGCGUAAAAGCGUAAAAUGGGGAGGUCCUGCAAGCGCGGUUGAUAUGAUUAUCUUCCUUUAACCUCUGCUUGCAUGUAUAACAUGUAAAAAAAACUCCGUUGUACCGUGGGAUCACUGCUGUAGCUCAGUUAUCCAGGACGCUCCGAGUACGCCACAUCAGGUUCAAUUAAGCGUUGCGCGAUGCCAAACUUUCGUUAGGAGACGCGCGGAAUGCUGAGAUACCUUCCUCUCCGCCUUGGACUUCCAGGAUCUCUCCCUUUGGCAGGAAGUACACUUGGCCCUUGGACAUGGGCCGGCCGUCAGCAGUCCCUGAAGGCUCUACGGUCGAGCCGUUGCCUGAAAUGACGAGCACGAUCGAGUCGCCCUCUCUUGCUGGCAGUGCGUAACGCUGACGAGGCUUGAGCUCAAUUGCUUCUACCUCGAAUUCCGGCACGGGGGAGCUGUACAACCGUGCGACGCCAUCGCCCUGGAUGUCGCCCCUGUACACGCUCGGCUUGCCCGUGUGGUAUGUUAGCAUGGAGUGCAGCGUCUCCUUGUCAAUAAACUUAGGCGUGAGUCCCGCUCGAACAACGUUGUCCGAACAUGCCAUGCACUCCACACAGUCACCCGACAGGUACGCGUGGGGCUCGUUGGCGUCCAGGAACAUGGCCUCGCCGGGCUCCAGCGUAAUGUAGUUGAGCAGGUAGGGACAGAAGCAGCCGAUGUCACCCGGGUACUCGUUGUCCAGGCGAAUUACAAGCUUCUCAAGCGCACUCAAGCUCGUCAAACCCUCCAAUCGGGCACGCAAGGUGCGGAG